GGGCCGGCCACUUGGCUCUUCUGUGCUCCUCGGUCCUACCUGUUCCUCGGUCCAGGGGUGUCCUCACCGUCUUCUCUCCCUGGCGCCGGUAUCUUUAGUCUGUGGUCUCUGGUCAUCUCCUGUACUAUGUCCGCAGUCUCUGGUCAUCUCCUGUACUGUGUCCGCAGUUUCUGGUCAUCUCCUGUACUAUAUCUGCAGUCUCUGGUCAUCCCCUGUACUGUGUCCGCAGUCUCUGGUCCAUCUCCUGUACUGUGUCUGCAGUCUCUGGUCAUCUCCUGUACUAUGUCCGCAGUCUCUGGUCAUCUCCUGUACUAUGCCUGCAGUCCCUGGUCAUCCCUGUACUGUGUCUGCAGUCUCUGGUCAUCUCCUGUACUGUAUCCGCAGUCUCUGGUCAUCUCCUGCACUAUGUCCGCAGUCUCUGGUCAUCUCCUGUACUAUGUCCGCAGUUUUUGGUCAUCUCCUGUACUAUGUCUGCAGUCUCUGGUCAUCUCCUGUACUAUGUCCGCAGUCUCUGGUCAUCUCCUG